UCCUUUUAAUUCCGAUCCUUGUUUGCAAAAGAAAGUGAAGAUGAGAAAGGGGGCGAUGACCAGUGCCAUCUUUCUAGUAUUUCUUCUUGCUCUUCUUCCAUAUCAAGGUCGACAUUUGCAAGCAAAUGCUGAGGAAAAUAAUGGUGCAGAAGGCCUUGUGGAUCCACCAAAAGUAGAGGAAAAGAUUGGUGCCAUACCUGAUGCCUUAUCAACUGAUUCAGAUGUUGCUAAGAGGGAGGCGGAGUCCAUGUCACGAAAAUCUCUACGCGGUAAUGCAGAGAAGUUCGAGUUCCAGGCCGAAGUUUCCAGGCUUAUGGACAUUAUCAUUAACUCUCUCUAUAGUAACAAGGAUAUUUUCCUUAGGGAGCUCAUCUCCAAUGCUUCAGAUGCAUUGGACAAGAUCAGGUUCCUUUCCCUCACUGAUAAGGAGAUUUUGGGUGAAGGUGACAACACCAAGCUUGAAAUCCUGAUCAAGUUGGAUAAGGAGAAAAAAGUGUUGUCUAUUCGAGACCGAGGUAUUGGUAUGACCAAAGAGGAUCUCAUAAAGAACCUUGGCACCAUAGCAAAGUCAGGAACUUCAGCUUUUGUUGAGAAAAUGCAAACUGGAGGUGAUCUGAACUUGAUUGGGCAAUUUGGAGUUGGGUUUUACUCUGUGUAUUUGGUAGCUGACUAUGUCGAAGUCAUUAGCAAGCACAAUGAUGAUAAACAAUACAUUUGGGAGUCAAAAGCAGAUGGAUUGUUUGCUGUUACGGAGGAUACAGAGAAUGAACCACUUGGCAGGGGCACAGAGAUCAGGCUGCAUCUCAGAGAAGAAGCUGGCGAGUAUUUGCAAGAGGACAAACUUAAAGAUCUUGUGAAAAGAUAUUCGGAGUUCAUCAAUUUUCCAAUAUAUCUUUGGGCAAGCAAAGAGGUAGAUGUUGAGGUCCCGGCAGAUGACGAUGAAUCUAGUGAUGAGGAGGAAACAACUGACAGCACCAAAGAGAAAGAGGAGUCUGAGGAAGAGGAAUCAGAAGAAGAAGAAGAAACUGAGAAGAAACCAAAAACAAAGACAGUGAAGGAGACAACCUAUGAAUGGGAGCUAUUGAAUGAUGUCAAGGCCAUUUGGCUCCGAAGUCCAAAGGAGGUCACUGAUGAAGAAUAUUCAAAAUUCUAUCACUCUAUUGCAAAGGAUUUCAGUGAUGAGAAGCCAUUGGCAUGGAGCCACUUCAAUGCUGAAGGUGAUGUUGAGUUCAAGGCAGUCUUGUUUGUACCACCUAAGGCCCCUCAUGACCUUUAUGAGGGUUACUACAACAACAAAUCAAACCUCAAACUCUAUGUGAGGAGGGUCUUCAUCUCAGACGAAUUUGAAGAACUUCUUCCCAAGUAUCUCAACUUCUUGAAGGGUCUUGUUGAUUCAGACACUCUACCCCUUAAUGUGUCAAGAGAAAUGCUUCAGCAGCAUAGCAGUUUGAAGACAAUCAAGAAAAAGCUCAUCCGUAAGGCGCUUGAUAUGAUUCGCCGCAUUGCUGAUGAGGAUCCUGAUGAGGCUGAGGACAAAGAGAAGACAGAUGGCAAAUUGGACACUGAGAAGAAAGGACAGUAUGCUAAGUUCUGGAAUGAGUUUGGAAAGUCUAUAAAGCUUGGUAUAAUCGAGGAUGCUACUAACCGGAAUAGGCUUGCAAAGCUUCUAAGAUUUGAGAGCACAAAAUCAGGGGGUAAGCUCGCAUCAUUAGAUCAAUACAUUUCAAGAAUGAAGCCUGGACAGAAGGAUAUAUUUUAUAUUACGGGAUCUAGCAAGGAGCAGCUUGAGAAAUCCCCAUUCCUUGAGAGACUUACUAAAAAGAACUAUGAGGUUAUCUUCUUCACUGAUCCAGUAGAUGAGUACCUGAUGCAAUACUUGAUGGAUUACGAGGACAAGAAAUUCCAAAACAUAUCAAAGGAAGGUCUUAAAAUGGGGAAGGAUUCAAAGAUCAAGGAGACUAAGGAAUCGUUCAAGGAGCUCACAAACUGGUGGAAGGAUGUCCUCUCAAGUGACAAUGUAGACUCUGUGAAGAUAAGCAACCGUUUGGACAACACCCCGUGUGUUGUGGUGACUUCAAAAUAUGGGUGGAGUGCCAACAUGGAAAGGAUUAUGCAGUCUCAGACUCUCUCUGAUGCUAAUAAGCAAGCUUACAUGCGUGGGAAGAGAGUGCUCGAGAUCAACCCUAGGCAUCCCAUCAUUAAGGAGCUCAGAGAGAGAGUUGCUGUUGAUCCUCAGGAUGAAAAUGUUAAAGAAACUGCAAAGCUCAUGUACCAAACUGCUCUAAUGGAGAGCGGUUUCAUGCUCAGUGAACCUAAAGAAUUUGCAUCCAGCAUUUAUAAUUCAGUGAAAUCCAGCCUUAAAAUCAGUCCUGAUGCAACGGUCGAAGAGGAAGAUGAUGCAGAGGAGGAAAUUGAGACUCCUGAGGCCAGUACCAAAGAGGCCAACCCUGAAGCCGAAGAGGCUCCGAAAUCAGUAUACUCAAAGGAUGAGUUGUAAACUAAUAUUAGAGAGAGAGGGAAACCCAUAAAGCAAAAUGUGGUUUUGGGACCUUCUGUGAUGAAAUAUUUUGAUUAGAUCCCUUAUGAGAGCCCAUGAAGGCUCUCACGUUUUACCGCCUCUUGGUUUUAGACAUAUUUGGCGUAGGUUUUUUCUAUGUUUCCUGUAAUCAUAGUGAAGUUUUGGUGUUCCAUCAAUUUCGUACCUGAUAUAUUCUGAAUAUUGCUUUUGCUGCAUUUCUAUAUGAUGUCAUGAGAAUGAUAAUGCAGGCUAUGAAUUUAGGCUUCA